AUGGAUGUGGGCGAUCAACCUCAUCAUAACCUAAGAACAAGGCAUAGCUUCUAUAUAUCAAAAGGGUCCAAAGACUCAGCACAUAAAGAACCCUUAUGCAAAUCAGAAGUCAAUGUUCCGCAAGAAAUCAUCGUAAGACCGAACGGCUCUCGAGAGACACACGUCACCUUUAGUAGCCUUGGAGAAUACUAUAAGAAAUAUGAACACGAUGAGGUACCUGUGAAAGAUUCUAGUUAUGAAGAGGUUACAACAACAGUACGCAACAAAUCGUUAACAAAUUCAGAACUUGACAAAUUAGAGAUUAAAAUAUACAGGAACAUAUCACAAGAGCUUCAAACUGAUGAUAACUCCGUCGGUAGCUUGGAGUCUAAUAUUAAGUUUUUCAGAACGACCGUCCAAGAGAUUUUUGAUAAUUUCUACGCCAAUAUGCGCGAUUUCGAAAUUUAUAAAAAAAGAUUUAACGAAAUUCUCGCAAAGAAUAAAGAGGACGCAGUGGCUGAUAUGGAAGAGUUCAUUAAAGACAUGAUUCAACACAUAAUGUCUUCAGAAACGGUCACUUCAACCGAGACCAAGAAAAGUAAUGAUAUCCCGCCACCGCUGCCGCUGCCGCCGCCGCCAAUGACACUUAGAGACAAGGAGACAAAUGUUAGCAGCUUUGACGAUACAUCAAGUAACGAUAUGACUGUUUCAACAACCGAAAAUUUGCAAUCGGUAAUUGAAUCUUACAAAAAUGACAACUAUCUUACAGACUCUACCUUUGAUGACAAUACAUCAAAGGCGAAAGCUCUUCCAACUAAGGAAGAGAUCUUCAACAUUUAUCUUCUAAGCGGAAGUCCUUGCGUAGAAAUUAAAAUGAAUGAUCGAAAUCUGUUAUCUGAAAUCAAUAUAAAAGAACCGUUGAAAAUGCUAAACGAAGGUAAACACGUUGCGUCUGCAGAUAACAUGGAAAGACUCAAAGCUAAAAAGAUGGAGCUGGAGAAGUACGUGGAGCACACGGCACAGGACCCAAACGUGCCGGAUAGAGAAAUACCCGUCAAAGUUUCCUACGCGAAGAAGAAUAUACAUCUUAAUGAGGACUUUUCCCACGACCGUGACACUGAAAAAUCCUUUAUAACUAAACUCUGUAAUUUUCUGUGCAGAAAAUUCCGUAAAGCGACUUGA